UACCGAACCUCGGGUCAGCCAAUAUUAAUAUUAUUUGUCACUACGAUCCCCAUUUUUCUCCUGUACCACAAUGACCUUCGUCCCCAGCCAGUUUGACGACGUGUCCAUCGCUACCAUCCGUACCCUUUCAGCGGAUGUUGUUGGCAAGGCCAACUCUGGGCAUCCUGGUGCUCCUAUGGGCAUGGCUCCCGUAGCCCACGUCUUGUUCUCUCGCUUCUUCAAUGCUAAUCCCAAGGACUCCAAGUGGUUCAAUCGCGAUCGAUUCGUGUUGUCAAAUGGUCAUGCAUGUGCUCUCCAAUAUAUCCUUCUGCAUCUGAUGGGCUACAAGCUGUCGAUGGACGAUCUCAAAGCAUUCCGACAGCUUGAUUCGCUGACGCCCGGUCAUCCGGAGGCUGGCCACACCGACGGUAUUGAGGUAACUACCGGACCUCUUGGUCAGGGUUUCGGAAAUGGUGUGGGUUUAGCAAUCGCUCAGGCCCAUCUUGCUGCUGUGUACAACAAGGAUGGUUUCGACUUGAUCAACAACUACACCUAUGUAUUCUGUGGCGACGGCUGCUUGAUGGAAGGUGUUGCCAGUGAAGCUGCCAGUCUCGCCGGUCAUCUCCAGCUUGGAAAUCUGAUUGUAAUUUAUGAUGACAACCAUAUCUCCAUUGAUGGUGACACUGCGGUCGCCUUCACUGAAAACGUGGAACAGCGAUUCCUUUCAUACGGAUGGCAGGUGUUGCACGUCGACAAUGGUGACAGCGACUUGGCUGGAAUCUACAACUCCAUUGCUGAAGCGCGUCAAGAAAAGAACAAGCCCACGAUCAUCAAACUGAAGACGACCAUCGGAUUCGGCUCCAAGGUUCAGGGCACACAUGGUGUUCAUGGAUCACCCCUCAAGGCUGAUGACAUUGUCUCUUUGAAGACGAAGUUCGGCUUCCCCUCUGAUCAAACCUUCUACGUCCCUCAGGAGACAUACUUUGCCUACGAAGAAGUCGCGAAGCGAGGCGCGGCUCUGCAACAAAAUUGGAAUUCCUCCCUUGCUAACUACGGCCAGCAGUACCCGAAAGAAUAUGCCGAGCUUACCAGACGUAUUGAGGGCAGGCUCCCCGAAGGCUGGGAGACGAGCUUGCCUGUGUAUCAACCCACUGACGCUGCACAGGCCUCUCGUAAACUCUCCGAAAUCGUCCUUACCGCCAUUACACCCUCUUUCCCUGACCUCCUCGGUGGAUCUGCAGAUCUCACCGGAAGCAACUUGACCAAGGUUAAGGGUACUGUUGAUUUCCAACCACCCAGCACUGGUCUGGGUUCCUAUGCCGGUACGUAUAUUCGUUACGGCGUUCGGGAGCAUGGCAUGGGUGCCAUCGCGAACGGACUGGCGGCAUAUGGUGGCAUUGUUCCUUUUGUUGCGACUUUCUUGAACUUUGUUUCUUACGCCGCCGGUGCGGUUAGGCUGUCUGCUUUGAGUGGGCACCGUGUUAUCUGGGUUGCUACCCACGAUUCCAUUGGUCUCGGUGAAGACGGGCCUACCCAUCAGCCGAUUGAGACUGCCAUUCACUUCAGAGCGACCCCCAACUUGGCAUUCUGGAGACCUGCAGAUGGAAAUGAGACUUCAGCAGCCUACUAUGUUGCUAUUACAUCCAAAUCGACACCUUCAAUCUUGUCUCUAUCUCGUCAGAACCUUCCCAACCUUGCGAGUUCGACCAUUGAGAAGGCCGUGCGUGGAGGUUAUGUCGUUCAGGAGGAGAGCAAUGAAGCCCUCACUAUCGUCAGCUCUGGUAGUGAAGUCACUAUUGCGUUGGAUGCUGCCGCAAAGCUUGGCGCUGAGGGUAUCAAAACCCGGGUUGUCAGCUUGCCAUGCUGGCUUGUCUUUGAUCAACAGCCCGAGGAAUAUAGACUGAGUGUCUUGAGGAGCGGUGCUCCCAUUCUCUCUCUCGAAGCGCUCUCGACUGCUGGAUGGCAGAAAUACAGUCAUGAGCAAUACGGCCUGCCAGGGUGGGGUGCUUCUGGUCCUUACCAGAAAGUGUACGAGAAGUUUGGUAUCACUGGAUCCAACAUUGCUUCUGUUGGCAAGAAAGUAGUCGAGUUUUACAAGCAGAAAGGUGGUGAAGUUGUUUCGCCCCUCGUUAGAGCUUUCACAUUGUAA